UAUGACAGUAUGGCUUCUUCCUCCAUUUCAAAGUUGAACACCCCGUCAAAGCCCCAGCACUUGUUCGUUGCAGCUAUUGACUUUGGGACGACAUACUCGGGGUAUGCGUUCUCUUCAACGGCUGAAUGGGAGAAGGUACAUACAAAUAGAUGGAGGGGAGAUAAAUUAACGUCUCCUAAAGCCCCAACAGUUGUUCUCUUAAACCCAGACCAAUCCUUCAACUCAUUCGGAUACACUGCAGAGAAAGCCUAUAGUGAACUUGUCAACGAAGGACCAGAAGAUCCAGAAAAACCAACAUACAAGGAUUAUUAUUAUUUUCAGAACUUUAAAAUGAAGCUUCACAAUACAAAAAACGUGACUGAAGGUACAAUUAUUGAGGACAUUAGAGGGAAACCUAUGCAAGCAUUAAUUAUAUUUGCUUACGCCAUACGUGAACUGAAAAACAAUUUGUUGGAACAAUUACGGAACGCUAUCACCGAUGCCAAGGAAAAAGAUAUUUUGUAUGUUUUGACUGUUCCUGCAAUUUGGGACGAAAGGGCCAAAUUGUUUAUGCGAAAGGCAGCAAUGAAGGCAGGUAUAGAUGAAGAAAUGCUGUUUAUAGCACUUGAGCCAGAGGCGGCGUCCGUAUUUUGUCAAACACUUCCCUUCCACGUUGAAGAUGUUGGCCAAAAGCAACUGGUAAAACCAGGCACUCAGUACAUGGUAGCUGAUUUAGGAGGAGGAACUGCUGAUUUAACAGUUCACAAAAGAACAGAGAAUGGUAAACUAAGAGAACUAUGGAGAGCGUCUGGGGGUCCGUGGGGAGGGAAAAAUGUAAAUGAAAAUUUUCUUCAGUGCAUCACAACCAUUGUCACUCCCAAAGCAAUGGAGAAGCUCAGGAAAACAGAAAUGGACGAUUACUUGGAUCUAUUGCAGGAGAUUGAAAGUAAAAAGAAACACGUCAAUGUUAAGAAAAAGUCUUUGAUCAUCAUUGUGCCGUUAUCUCUCAUUGACUGUACUAGUGAAGAGACAAAUUACAAGACUUUAGAAGAAGCAGUCGCAGCUUCCAUGUAUGCUUCUUCCAUAACAGUUAAGAAAAAUAAGUUGACAUUCAAGAAAAAUGUAUUAAAUGAGCUCUUUGAGCCCAUUGUUGAAGAAAUUAUAAACAAAAUGAUGAAUGUUUUCAGUCAUAUUACAUCGGAUAUCCCGUACAUUCUUUUGGUAGGUGGGUUUUCUGAAUGUGACAUUGUAAGAGAAAAAAUACGGGAACAGUUUCCUUCAAAGACGGUCAUAGCUCCCUUGGAGUCGGGGCUUAUUGUCUUGAAGGGCGCGGUGUAUUAUGGUCAUCUUCCUGAGCCGAUCUCCGUCCGCUGUGCUCCCUAUACGUAUGGCAUCCAAUCAUGGCCUCCGUUUGACCCCCUCCAACAUCCAAGAAACAAAAGGGUCAUCAUUAACGGCGAGGAACGUUGCAAAGACGUCUUUUUCAAAUUUGUUACCAUAGGAGACGCCAUAGAACCAGGAUGCACUAAAUCUCAGAAUUUUCAGAUUUUGGACACGAAGCAGACAUCCCUGGAAUGCAUUGUUUAUGUUUCAGAAGAGGAAGAUCCAGAAUUUGUAGAUACGUGUACACCCCUACUAAAAUUAAGUAUACCUUUGAAAGAUUUCAGAGGCAGAGGAAUUGUAGAAAUAGAAGAGGCGUUGAUCUUUGGUGAGACUGAACUGAGAAUAAAAGCAAGAGACCACUGGUCAGGAGUGGAAUAUGCAGUUUCCAAGGAAUUGGCCACGAGAGUCUAAAAGAUGUAUACAUUUCAAACUAUGUUCAA